AGUCAGCGCUGUGAAAAGGUCGCGACGCGAGGCGCACUAGAUCUUGAUGCACGACGUUUUGUUUUGGUUCCACAGCCAACUGUACGGUGCGGUUUUUGGUUGCCGUGGGUGUUUUUGUGCAAGUGCACAGAGUGCAACCGAAAAUGGGAAACAAGUUUUGCAAGAAGAAGGUGGACGGUGUUGCCAGUGCCGCCGGUAACAAGACGCCCUCUCAGUUUGACAGAAUCAUCAAUAGAUUACACAUUCGACCCAGUGCUUGGAAAUCGGAAACCCAUUUGAACCAGAAGCAAAUUAACAGGUGUGAAAUAAGUUCCCCCCAGCAACAAUUAGACAAACAGAACAACAUAAUAAAGACAAGGCCACUUUCAAAGUCAUCGGACUGGACAGAAGUUGACCUAGAAGUACCAGAAAAGGAAGAGCAGAUACAUCUCCGGAAUCCAAGACUAUCCAUCAUCUUCAAUAAUGAAAAUGGUACACCCACACCUCCACCCCGAAAACAAAAGAGGAAUUUCCGAGAGAAAAUUGAAGCUGUCGCCAAAAGUGGCCUUCAAGCCUUCCAACCUAAGAAACCAGUCGAAGAAGUGCUCUGCGUGAAAAAAACUAUCAACUACAAGUGCCCUCUUUGCGAUCAAGAUGAACAUGAUCAUAACAGAGAUCAUCAUCACCAUAACCACAAAGAAAAAACGAAGGAUAAGAACGAAAAUAUAAAUGACAAUCAGGAGAAUCAUUCCCAGAACGAGAAAGAUGCAAUAAAGAGAAAGAAGAAUUUAUCUGUGAUUUCUUUACCGAAUUACGAUGAGCUGAAGUUGACAGUUGCUAAUUUCGAUGAUAUUGAUAAAGGUCCAGUCUCGCUCAAACUCGACGACGACAAACGAAAAAUCUCCGAGUUAUCCCUUCCUGCCGACCCCAAGAAGUCCACAUCAGGCUCAAGUGGGAAACUAGAUGCAUACAUCACUAGGUGCCGAAGCUUUGGAUCACUACUUCCUCAACAUUUCAAGAAAAUUCGGGGAGCCCGUAAAGUCCCUACAGAAAUCGAGAGUGACGACUCUUUCGGAGGAUUAGAAGACUGGGACCUAGGACUCUUAGAACACUAUAAUCCCAAAGAUGCCAGUUUGCCGCGACCAAGAAAAGCCGAGAGGAGUAGCAAGGAUGUCAUUUCUGACCUAGAGAGUAUGAUAGUCCAUGAAGAAGAUAUCGAAAAACCGAUACCGCCAGUCAGAAGAUCAGAAUCGUUGGUCAAGAAGAUCAACCGAGAAGCUGCUCAGAGUGCUCAUGAAGUAUCCAGCGAGCAACUCGAUAACAACAAUAUCGGAUCUUUAAACCGUACACCACCACCAUCACCGAUUCAUCAGAGAAUUUCUGAACAAAGAUUGUCACGAACAAGCUUGCCAACGGAAGAAAAUGUCCUGGUGGAACAUUCAAGUCUGCUCAAGAUAUUAGAAAAUUUCAGCAUAAGAGACAAACUGAUUAAUGAAGAGAACAAAAAAACUGUGGGUAACAGUAUCAAGGCGAAUAUCAGUAGUAACGAAUCUUCUUUAACGCCCUCUCUGGUCGAAUUCGAGAAAAACAUACCUGUCAACUCUAUUGAAGAUUUUCUCACUGCUGAGAAAAUUAAUACUGAGCGUGAUAUCAAUGCCAAGCUGAAACAAGUUAUUGUUGCCUAGUUGAUAUUAAUAGAUUGAAACUUCCGGAUUCACCUGCCUAGGAUAAGAGAACAUCAACGUGGGAUAGCUAGAUUUCAGAAAUUUGAGGUCUGAAGUCAGUUCGGUUUUUGGAGUUGUUUUUGAUACUGUACAAGAUCUCUAUGAAGAUGUUUCCACUAUUUAAUGAAAUUUGACUCUAAGUAAUUCCAUACCAAAUAGGCAUAGCCUCUUUCCAAACAAGAAAAGAUACCUAGUGGAGCAUGAUAUGUUUGAAAUGGUAGCUGAAUGGUAGCUUGAACAUUUCGUUUCCUCGUUAGUUGUUGUUGUAAAUCAUGAAAGUACCAUCGAUUUGAGAUUGAAUGUUGAAACUUUGCGUUUCCAAUAGGGACAUAAUUGAUCAAUAGAGUUAGUUCGUCAUUAAUUUCACAACGAACGACUUAUGUAUUAACUUGAGUCCCAACAUAAGGUAUUGAAGCUUCUUGUAUGAUUUAUUUCAAUUAUUCAUUCUUGUUGUUCUUUACCGUGAUAUUUAUGAGUGUUCCGGAAUUGGAGCGAUGAAUCAAAUGAGCAAUAGGAAACGAAACGAGAGGAAAUUAAUGCAAAUUGCGACGAAAAAAUUGAACAAUUUUGAAAAUAAUCUGUAGUUCUCUUAGAAAUGUGUUAUAAUGUUUGAUAAGAAAUUAACGACAAUACCCAUACGUUUGAUUCAUUUAUUGUGAUUUAUUGUUUCAUUCAGAUUUUAAUUUCGAAAAUAUACUGAUGUAU